GCGGAGGCGUCCACGCGCGUGUGCGGGCGCGUUUCAGGACUUUCAGGUUAUAAGUUUCACGACAGUUGCGACGAGCCCUUCCCCUCUCGGUAAUCUUCAGUUUCCCGCCGUUCCGCCCACGGGUAGAGUCGUUAUAGCCGAUCGUAAGCGAAGCCGAUCGUCUCAGCGGCCGUCUCCAGUUGACUGACAGCCGACAACAACCCGCGCAAAUUUUCACGUUUCGGAGAAACGUGAGGUGUCGAGUAUCGCCGAGCGAGCGGACUAACAUGGGUUAUGUGCGGCGACCGGGAGGACGCUGGACAUCCACGAGUUCGUCGAUCGGACACUUGGAAAGAUGUGUCGCCACCACACGCGGAUGAUCGGGUGGUCGUCUCGGGGAGCGAUUGUUGUUGCGCCGACGACGAGGGGGAGCACGCAUGGAACGUCGUCCACCGCCGUCGUCCGCUCGGACGCCCCGUCCCUAUAACGGCGCGCGCGGGACGUGACCGGACGCGGCUGCCUUGAGGCCGCCUUCGAGAGCUAGUUACCACAACGCCCGGCCAGCCCUAAUCUCUCCGCCGCCGCCACCACCAUCACCACACGCGCACCACGCGCUCUCAUCUAUUAUCUGAUCUAGAUUCGGCCCGUGGCGCGCCGUACACUCUUAUCUGGCGGCUUAUCUAAAAUUCAAUAAGACUCAAAAAGGAUAAACACAGAGUCGCCGCCGCCGCGACGUUUGACCGCCUGCGUUCGAGUCGGCAGCUGAGAGGGUCCCGCUCUUCUUUCCAGCUUUAUUCCAGCGAUACGAGAUCACAGGCGAAGAUCCUUGACGUACUGCUACUCUGGAGCUGCUUCUGUGAAACACACGCCUCCGCCACCGUCAUGGACGGUUUCUCGCAGGACUACGAGAGCAAAAUGGAAGCGUCGUUCGAGACGUACGACGAGACGAUAGUCGCCGCGGCGAAUCACCAUCAGUGCGAUCACAUCGUUCAGUCCGUGAGCGAUCAGGUGCCCGCGCAGGAGAUACAGGUGCAGACUCAGGAGAAUCACGGUAGCAACACGUUGACGCUGCAGCAGCAGCAGCAGGUGGAGCAGACGCACGCAGCGGCGCAGAUCGAGUCUAAGGGCGCGCAGAGAACCUCGGUCAGAUUGCCCGCUCUGUUGGACGGGGAGUACUUUACGGUGACCAGGGUGGAGGACACCAACGUUACGGUACGUUGUCAGCAGUGUAUGAAACUGCUGAACGGCAAUCUGAAGUCCACCGGGAAUUUUCUCAGUCACGUAAAGCGUUUGCAUCCGAACUCGAUGGGCAAGAUAAGGUGCAAGUCUAGUCAGAGGAAAGCCGCGGUGUACGUCGACUCGGCGUUACCUGACAAAGUUACCUGCCCGGAAGUAGCGCGGGAGAAGCGCGUGUCGCCGCAAAGUAAGAAGCGCUGCAAAACGGAGGAAUGUGCGAUCGUGAACGAGGAGCCUUACGAACAACCACAACAACAACAACAACAACAACAACAGCAGCAGCAGCAGCAGCAGCAACCUGCGGAUUGGAACAACGCGGCGUUAAUCCGAGGAACCGAGGAGACGGAAUCGGCGGAUUCCGCCUUGAAAAUAUCGCACAACAAUUCGUUCAUGAUGGAGGACGAGUACGACGCGAUCGGCCGCAACGUCGCCGCCAAGCUCAGGAACAUGAGAACGGACCAAAGAAUAAUAGCUGAGAAAUUGUUGAGCGACGUUUUAUUUGAGGCUCAGCUCGGUAAUCUUCAUAGAGAUUCGAGUAUCCACGUGUGAAACGUGGAGGGAUGUACAAAACGGCCUGUGCGUGAGUCGAUAUACUACCUGUAUAUCUUCUAGUGAGUCGAACGAUCUUUCGCCCGAUUUGACCGACGAAAAACGACGAGACGUAAUAUGAUUAAUACAGUUAUCUGAUUGGUUAUAUAACGCGCAGUUUUAUCGAUGUGCGUGUACGUGUGUGUGUUUGCGCACGUGGGCGUGAAGAUUGUGUGCGCGUGAAGGAAUAGGUGGUAAUUUUCGUGAAUGAUAUUAGUAUUCUAGCCUUAUUAAAAACUGAACAAAUUCAUACUUUUGUGAUAUACCUUGUAAUCUUCUACGCGAUCGUCCCGGGAUCAUUACAUAUGGAUUUUCAACAAGAAAACGAAAAUUUAGAUAUUCUGAUGAUCCCAGAACGACAUACAUAUGAGCGUAUAUUGAAAGCCCACGCUUUCGUUUUAUAUAUAAAUGUAUGAUAUUGUAAAUAUUUUCGUAAUGUACAAAACCAUUGUUAAAUAGUGAAAUACGCUGCCUAAACUAUUAGAUUGGUACAAAAAAUUCUCUGUUUUUUUAUAUUUUUGUAAAUAAUUAAGAAAUUUUUUUUGUAAGAGCACCAAAGAAUGUUUUCUUAAAUGAGAAAAGUGACUACUUUAAUGACUUUAUGAUUUGACUUGGGAAAUUGCAUACGAGAUUUCGUAUCUAGCAAAAAAGUUUAUUUGGCAAGUAUGGGAAGUUUUUGCAACCAAUCUAAUGACGACUACGUCUAAAAGUCUUUCUUUAUAUACCAAUCACAUUUUAUGAUUAAGACAGUCAACUGUAAUAUACAGCAAUAGCUAUAUGUAUAUAAGUUUAAUAUAGAUAUAAAUAUAGAUUUAAUAAAACGAUAUACUUUUGUGUAAAAUAUUCUCGAAAUGUCUAAGGCUUUAUCAAAAAACUACAUGAUGUAAAUAAAGUAAAGAAAGCCGCCAA